GCACCUUUGAAGUGAAGACAGGAGUAAGAAAAGAAUGUCUACUAUCACCCAUGAUAUUCCCGAUUGUGCUCGACAACAUCAAGCAGCAAAUCGUGAACAGCAAAAAGAUGAUCACAUGCUGGACCGAUUAAAAGAGUCUCGAAGAUUUGGAUUUCACCGAUCACUUGUGACUAAUGUCACACAUACACGAAGAUCUACAGGCAAAAUACAACAAGUUGACAGAACAGGCAGAACAGCGAAACGGACUUCAAGUGAACGCAAAGAAGACACAGGUGAUGAAGAUACCCAACCAACACCACAAUCACCACCACCACCAACAACAACAACAACAACAAGCUACAAUCACCAUCAACAGGAGAAACUUAAACGAAUUAAUCUCUUUCACCUACCUACCUACCUACCUACCUACCUACCUACCUACCUAACCAGGCAACGCAGCAUCCUUCCAACUACAGGCAGCACACGCACACACAACGGCGUCAAAACCACCAAGCAUCGCAAAAACAGCAAGACAGGCCUUCCUUCAGUAAUCGGAAAUCACUACGGAGAUCUACUGCACUACAUACACUCAGCAGAAAGCGUGAACAACAUUCGGAUCCCGAUUUUCAACACCUACAUCACUUAAGUCACUGCUCCUAGAUGGUUCACAAACUUGGCGCGUCACCGAAACCACUUCCAACAAACUACACACAUUCAUCAACAACUGCCACCUACGCUGGCUCGAUACUGAACAUCAGAUGGAUGGUGAGAAAGAAUAAGCAACAAGGAACUCACGCUGGCCUGGCAACGAACCAACUAAAAACCUAUCACCCAACAAAUAUGCAGAAGAAAGUGGAGGUGCAGAUGGAUUGUACAAACACUGAGAAGGCCAACUGUGGACAUCACGCACCAGCGCUGGCCCUAGAGUGAAAUCCAAGGGAGAAACGACGAGUUCAGCGAUGGUGUCCGAGGGUGACAUGAAGGAGAUGGUGUGAGGAAGAAAUG